AUGAGCUUGGGUGCUGGAGCUGCGAUCCCUACCACAGCAGAUGAAUGGUCAGCUAUUCUAGAAAAGAUUGAGCUACAUGCUCGAUCCCCUUACAGCGUCAAAGACAAGCGCGUGCUAUGGUGCCAAGGUAUAAUAGUUCUUUUGAGUGGCGUGCUGUAUUUGAUCAGUCUUUUGCGCCGGGCCAGUCUCAAUGGUAUUUGGUGCUUCAAGAAGGACGUCGAGGGAUAUUGGCAUCCUAAUGUUCAUGUUGCAAUCCCGAUUGUAACUAUCGCCCAUGCUGCUAUCCAAACAGCCGGCAUUGGUUUGAUCGUGGUCGCGGAUGCCCCUGAAGACAAGGUGCCAACCAUAGUUGCGUUGAAUCUUACCGCUUGUAGUAUGUUAUACUAUGCCGGCUGGACAAAAGUAUGGGCGGUGCUCUAUGCUCUACCAUCCUCCAUCUUUCGGUUGCGUCGGAGGGAUGUUCUUGGCUCAACGGCAAUGAUCACAAAGCGACGUAUUCUAUCUCCUAACAUAUUUAACAGAUUCAUUCUUGGAGGAUAUUUAGUCGGGGUGCUUCCCAUACCGUGGCUUGCAUUUACGGUGUAUUGGGUGCAAGAGAUAUUAGAUCGACUGCAAAUUUUCCGCACCACAGCCCAACGUUUGAUCCUUACCCUGUCCACCAGCGAGACACCUGGUACCAGCUUGCUCUUAGCACUAAGAGCGGCCACCGAGAUCAAAAGCUUGCAAACAGCUCAAGAGAAGGCACUACAAAACCUCCGAAUUUUCGCUGGCGUUUGGCUUGCCAUCUCAGUUGGCGCACUCUUCAUUUUUCUCGGAGGAUCUUUUGCCCUCCUGCUCGCGUUGACGGGGCAAAUUGAAAUAUUAACAAAAAUUCAAAAACAGCGUGAGAUGUUGAUUAGCGGUAGUCGAUCAGAAUUUACGACGAAGUCCUCACAUGCACCGAAAAUUCUUCAAACCAGUGGAGAUGAAGGUCAACUUCCUCGCCAUAACUUCUUCUCUCGCCUGAAAGCUUGGGUGCCUACCCUAGGUGAUGAUGAGGAUGAUGAUGAUCUUUUGGGAAUGCCACCAACGACUACACCACCUUCAUACCACGUGACAAGAGCCGAUGAGCUAGCAAAAGGUUCAGCUCGGAUAUCAUACCUCUACGAUAAUGCGACUCAGAUAAAUCACGCCUCUCGGAAAAAUCAUAAGCAGCUGGUCAGCUAUUGCGUGCGCUUCGCCUGGCAAGCUGUGUUCUGUACCUUGAUAGCAACUUCUUACAUUGUCCUCAAUAUUUUUGUUGUCUGUAAUGUAUUGGACGCACCACGAUCAAUCACUCUCAGUCAGCUUCUUCGUACUAUUGAGCAAUGGGCGGCAUGGUCUUGGGGUGGUGGUCCUGGCGCAGUCUUAGGAUUCCUGGCUUGCGUCGUCGCUUUCUCUAAAAACCCAAUCCUCCCCCAAGAGCCGGAAAAAGGCCCACCAUCUGCAGAUCAAGACGAAAUUGACGAAGAAGAUGAUCACAGUGCUCAAUUUCGACAACAUGCACUCACAGCGGAAAAGCUUCACAUCCAUGGCGCCAGAGAUAUCGGUGUUUGUCCUGUUUCCCUCAAGCCACCAAGCGGAGCUCUCACCGAUCCGGGUGGGAUAAGCAGCUGGAAAGGAAUUUGCCCAAAGAUGAGCUUUGGAUCGAACUCACAAAUUUCGCUUUCUGCACCCAGUCGCAACCAGGAGACUUCAUCGGAGAUGAGUGCCAAAAUAAGCCGAACCCAAUCACCUUUUCAGAUCCUCAGUCUUACCAACUCAAACUUCGUCCAGCUAAAGCCAGCCAAACCGUUCCCCCUGACCCAUCUGCCAAAGGCCGGCUCUCACUACCAACCAUCUCAUCUUUUCACAUCUAAGCCACGGGAAAGCUCCACAGGAUCACCUCUUGCAUACACCCCGUCCCCAAACUCUUCGAAAAGCUUCCACAUCCGAGUACAGCAGAACUAUCCAACGCCGGUCCAAAUCCCCCAAUCCCAAUCUAGCGAUUCCCAAAAUUUUCCCCGAAGCCCAGGAGCUCGAAGUAUCGAUGCCCAAAGCUCGGCUGGCCGGGGUCACUUUGAUGCUAUCCAUCAGCUCCGAGAGCGAGAUUAA